ACAUUGUCCCAUGGAUCGACUGGUAGAGAGGUAGAGAGAAAAUAAUAUCCAGGUGGGGCAAUCUACUAGGAGGCCAUGUGGAGCAUGCCAAGUGUUACAUUCCUUUUCUGAAGAAGAACCACAUGUCAUGCCAUGUCGCGACAUCCGCUGCUAGCUGCUAGGUAGUUCCUGCACAAGCUCUUCAUCUUCUUCAACCUUCGUGGAUUGGUUUCCUUGGGAUCCAUGGAGGCAUCCUGAUCAAAUUGGUGGUUUGUUGGUACGUGUUCGUGCAUGGCUGUGUGCCCCCAUUAGUUGAUUGGAAUUGCAGUUGAGGUCCUGCUCUUGUUAUUGUUGGUAGCUUCACAUGUGAGCUAGCUGGUCCAGUGACCAGUGAGCAGCAAGGCACAGAUCUUGUAGCUAGAUUGCAGAAUUUAGUUUCUAGAUUUAUCGGUGAAGAGUUAGGUAGCUCGUGGUUCUUGGAUUGAAUCCCAAGAGGAGAAUCCCGCAGAUUCAGUGUUGUAGUCGAAUCUUUGGCUUGAGCUGAAGUAGGCAAUUCAGCAAUGGCGAUGGAGCCGACAGUGAAGGUGGCACUGGGCACGGCGUCGUUCGCCAUCUUCUGGGUGCUGGCGGUGUUCCCGGCGGUGCCGUUCCUGCCCAUCGGCCGCACGGCGGGGUCGCUUCUGGGCGCCAUGCUCAUGGUGCUCUUCAACGUCAUCACCGCCGACGAGGCGUACGCGGCCGUGGACCUGCCCAUCCUGGGCCUGCUCUUCGGCACCAUGGUGGUGAGCGUGUACCUGGAGCGCGCCGACAUGUUCCGGCACCUCGGCCGGCUGCUCUCGUGGCGGUCGCAGGGCGGCAAGGACCUGCUCGUCCGCACCUGCGUCGUCUCCGCGCUCGCGUCGGCGCUCUUCACCAACGACACCUGCUGCGUCGUGCUCACCGAGUUCAUCCUCAAGAUCGCGCGCCAGAACAACCUGCCGCCCAAGCCGUUCCUGCUGGCGCUGGCGUCCAGCGCCAACAUCGGAUCGGCGGCGACGCCCAUCGGCAACCCGCAGAACCUCGUCAUCGCCGUGCAGAGCGGGAUAUCCUUCGGCGACUUCGUGUUCGGGAUCCUCCCCGCGACGCUGGUCGGAGUCGUGGUGAACGCAGGGAUGCUGCUGUGUUUGUACUGGAGGGAGCUAUCGGACGAGAAGUGCGUCGACGUGGCGCACGACGAUGCCGUUGAGGUCGUGGAGGAGGACGACGUCACCUCGCACCGGUUCUCGCCGGCCACCAUGUCGCACCCGCGCGGCCGCGGCGCCGGGCAGAUCGCCCCUGACGCGGCCGGCGGCUGCGAUGCGCACUGCUGCUGCGAGCCGGUGAAGCCCGACGCCACCGCCAACGGCGGCGACGCAACAAAGGUUGGGAUCCACCAGAGACGGGGCGGCGCCGUCGGCGUGAACGGCACGGUGGUGAGCAAGGAGGAAGAAGAGUACAACUCGGUAGAGGAGAAGGAGGAGUUGGCCAUGGAGGAGUGGAAGAACAAGCUGUGGAAGACGUGCGUGUACGUCAUCACCUUCGGCAUGCUCGUCGCGCUGCUGCUGGGGCUCAACAUGUCCUGGAGCGCCAUUACCGCCGCCCUCGCGCUCAUCGUCCUCGACUUCAAGGAUGCCCGUCCCUGCCUCGAGAAGGUUUCCUACCCACUCCUGUUAUUCUUCUGUGGGAUGUUCAUCACCGUGGAUGGCUUCAAUAAGACUGGCAUUCCCAGCUCGUUCUGGGAGUUCAUGGAGCCCUACGCGCGCAUCGACACGCCGGCUGGUGUAGUCAUCCUUGCGUUGGUGAUCCUUUUCCUCUCCAACGUCGCCUCGAAUGUCCCCACCGUCCUCCUUCUCGGCGCUCGAGUGGCGGCCUCGGCGGCGGCGAUCUCCCCAGCCGCGGAGACCAACGCGUGGCUGCUCCUGGCCUGGGUGAGUACGGUGGCCGGCAACCUCUCCCUGCUGGGCUCGGCAGCGAACCUCAUCGUCUGUGAGCAGGCGCGCAGGUCCCGGCAGUUCGGGUACACGCUCUCCUUCUUCAGCCACCUCCAGUUCGGCUUCCCGGCCACGCUCGUCGUCACCGGGAUCGGGCUGCUCCUUAUCAAGAGCAACUGAGGAAGAGGUGCAGGUUUAGAAGAAAACAGACAGGAAGAAGAUGUGGAUAUAGAUAUUUGUAAAAAGUUAUGAAUCUGUGAAUGUUCAGGCCGUUGUGGCCUGUGGGGUGAUGAUCUGCCAUAAGAUGCUGGGAGGCUGACAAGCACAGAUUAUGAUGCCAUGGUGCUUGGAGGCUUUUUGGGUUUGUACAUUUUGUAUCCAAGAAAAAGAAGAUGUAUACAUUCUGGAGUAGAUGGUAUGUAAGUAAAAGGAAGUGUAUACUGGUUCAGCAAAAAAUUGUUAUCCAUCCCAUUAUCUUUUUCUUUGCGAGAAAGAUACAAAUCAAUUCCUAUUAACCCUA